AUGGACGACUCAUAUGCGAUCGCCACACCGCAUAAUGAAGCCUAUAACGUGGCUUUCGCUGAGAUGAAUCCUCAUGGAGCACCAAGAAUAGGCGCCGCCGACGCUGCUAAUUUCCUUAAGAAAUCGAAUUUACCGAUGCCACAGCUCGGACAAAUUUGGGAGUUGAGUGACCCGCAAAAAACUGGAUCACUGGACAAGCGAGGAGCAUUCGUGGCGUUCAAGUUGGUAGCAGCUGCUCAGCAAGGAAAACCUGUUGCGAGCUCGUCACUGUACGAUUCAUCUCUCCAACCGCCUCGAUUCGCGCCGCCUGUGCCACCAGCAAACAUGCAACAUCAUUUCCAACCAAACUUUCCAUCACCUGGUCGUGCUCCACCAGUUCCCCCACCGCCACAUCCAUCUCACCCCCAUUCGAUACCGUCGCAACAAUCGUCACCGGCUCAUCCAUCAACGGGAUUGCCUCCACAUUGGCCAAUAACGCCUUCAGAUCAGGCAAAGUACGACUCUAUCUUCCAAUCCCUCAAUCCAGUGAAUGGAAAACUAUCCGGUGCACAUGUUCGUCCGGUUCUCAUGAACUCGGGCCUCGAUCCACAUGCCCUGGCUCGUAUCUGGGAACUUUCGGAUCAAGACAAGGAUGGAAGUCUGGAUAGAAUCGAAAUGUCUGUUGCCCUUCAUUUGGUAUAUCGAACACUUCAAUCGGAUCCGAUUCCUGCUCAACUACCACCAAACCUUAUACAUCCUUCAAAAGCGAUGUUCGCUCACAGAUCUCCGAACUUCGCUGCUCCUCCUCAUCCUCCACGUCCGAUGAUGGGAUCGAGAGCAGGUUCCGUUACAUCGCUGGAUGAUGUCAAUAUGAGUCAAUCGUAUUCCGCAACAAUGCCACGUACUCAACAAGUACCAGUUAAUCGUGCCUAUUCGGCUCAACCAAAUGGGGCUCGAACCAGUGGGGCAUCUACACCUAUCUCAACUUCACAUUCAGUGCAUUCAUUGUCCGGUGGAGAAUGGCCGAUAUACACUGCAGAUCAUGCUGAUCUAUUCGCUCAAACUGAUACCAAUAGAGAUGGAUUAGUUGAUGGUCAAGAUAUGAGAGGGCCUAUGAUGACAACUGGAUUGAGUCCAACGAUAUUAGCUCAUGUGUGGGCUUUGGCUGAUAUCAAGAAAUGUGGACAAUUAAAUUUGGAACAGUUUGCAUUGAUUAUGCACUUGAUGGAAAUGGCCAAGCGCGGAGAACCUUUGCCAUCCGAACUACCUCCACAUCUGCUUCCUCCGUCUUUCCGUCCUCCGACAGAAUCUGCCGCCCAUCAUCAACCAGUUCAAUCUGUAUCAACUCCUCAACUUCCAGAAGCGACGUCUAUGGAAAUCAAAGAAGCAUUAGAAGGUGAAAAUGAAGAAAUGAAGCAGUUAGCUGAAGCGAUUCAAUCGAUGGUUAUUGAGCGGAAAACUGCCGAGGAGGCUGUUGUUCAGCUGGAAGCGGAUAUGACAGUGAAGAACUCGAAAAUCAAGAACUUACAAGUUGAAUUAGCAACACUUGAGUCUACUGUUAAACAACUGGAAAGACAGAAAACAGAAGCAACGAGACGAUUAGCUGAUUAUGAUACACAAAUUGAACAGUUGGAAGGAGCAUGCAAAGCACAGAGAGAAAAGAAAGAAGAUACGGAAAAACGAUUGCAACAAAUUGAUGAAGAAGCUAAGAAUGCAGAAGAAUGCAAGGCGAAUGAUGAGAAGGAAACGGAGGAAUUGAAGAGAGAAAUCGAAAUGCUCGAUAACCAAUUCAAGACUGUUCGUGGGGAAGUUGUCAAAGAAACCACUAAACGCGAACAUAUGGUUGCCGAGUUGACGACUUUAGAGAGAAAAGAGGCUAGAGAUCAGAUACAAAUCGAGAAAUUGGAUGCAGCUACCGAAAAAACUACUCAACUAACUGAGCAAGUCUCUGCUGCAGUCGAGAAAUCUGAAGAAGAAAUGAUUUCUACGUUCCGAGGACAACCUCAUCUCUUGAAUACUGUCAUUGAUCAAACCUUAUUGUCAGAUGAUACGGUUUACGGAGAAACUGCUGGUGCAUCAUCUCAAAAUCAUAUUCAGCAACCACCUGAUCCAUUUGCGUCGGCUAGAACGAACCCAGCAGCUGAUCCGUUUGCUCAAGGAGAUCCAUUUGGAUCCUCUGGUCAUUUCGACGCAGCGUUUCCAACUGAUCCAUUCGCUCAGGGAGGAUUCCCUGCCGACGCCGGAUUCAAUUCAUCUGCUCCUGCUAAACCCGCCCCACCACGUCCAGCACCUCCGAAGUCUGCACGGGAGACACCUGUCAACGAUCCUUUUGCACCAUCUCAAGGCCAAGCAUCCCAACCAGCCGGAUUCGCAAACUUUGCUGAUUUCGGAUCAGCGUUCAAUUAA